GCCAGCAGCGAGUAAACAGACGCGCAGGAUGUCGCAAGGCGCUAAACUCCAGCUUUAAAAUAUGAAGUGAUAGAAACUCCCGGCGGCGAAAGAGACGAUCAUUUGUAAAAAAAGAAACAAAACAACCCAGCAGACUACACAUUUUAAGGCUUCGUUACAUAACAAUGGCGGCGGAGCGGCUGCCGAGCGCUGCGUUCAGCUAGCAUGCUAAGCUAAGUGCUAACUUUCAGUUGCUGUCGGGAAAUGCGAGCGGGCUCCCGCGGUCAUGGCAGCGGGAGCAGGAGCCGCGUACGGCGGAUCUCUGGAGGCGACGUUGGCCCGGAAGUUUCAAGGUGUCACCAACACGAUGGACUCGAUCCAGGGGCUGUCGACGUGGUGCAUCGACAACAAGAAGUACCACAGCGUGAUCGUGCGCCAGUGGAUGAGGUGUCUGAAGAAAUCUGACGCCCCACACAGACUCAACCUGUUUUACCUCGCCAACGAUGUCAUUCAGAACUGUAAAAGGAAAAAUGCCACCGUCUAUCGUACGGAAUUCGCUGAGGUGCUUCCGGAGGCCUUCUCGCUGGUUAACCAAGAAGGUGACGCCAAGGUGAUUAAAUCAUUGGAAAGGAUACUGUCCAUCUGGGAGGAGAGAGGUGUGUAUGCAGGGACGCUCAUCUCUGAGCUCAGGAGUGGCUUAGUCAAGGAGGAGUCCCCGCCUGAAACGCCCGCUGAGCAGAAAACUCCAGUCGAGUCGAAAGCAGAUCUACAAUCCAAGAUUGUUGCAGAGUUCGUGCCCCAGGCACUAAUAGACCAACUGUCCAAGUACAAGAAAUCUCUGGAGGAUCUGGACCUGAGAGAAAAACAGCAGGCAGCUAUGAGAGUUGACAUCUGCAGCUCUGAGGCUCUCAAGAAACUCAAAGAUAAGGCCGGAGGAAAGAAGUUCUCCAAGGACUUUGAGGAAGGAAACACACAGCUACAGGAGUUUGUCAAGUUCUUUGACAAACAAAGCAAAACAGGCCCUCCUCUCCUGGAGGCCCUCACCAACGCAGAUAUCUUCUAUGAGAUGCAGUACAAGGAGGUCAAGAUUGUUGCUAAUGCCUACCAAACCUUUGCUAACCGGGUGUUGCACCUCAAGCGUAAGCUGGACACCCUGAAGGCCACCUUACCGGACCUGGACGAGUCGCCCAUCCCUUCGCCUUCUGCAGAUGCACCGUCUCCAACAGGGUCCGAGUCCCCUUUCCAUGGUUUGGACCUGGCUGACCCUGAUCCAGAUCUUGAUGGCUCUGCAAUGGAUGACGAAGCAGAGCCACCGGCCCCGAGCCCUCUGUCCUCACUGGGAGGAGGUUCCCCUAUAGACCCAGAGACUGUUGGAGAGAAGGACAAUCGUGAAGUGGAAGACAUGGAGCUCUCUGAGGAGGAAAAUGAGAGCGGGGGCAUUAUAGUUGAGCAGCAGACAGAACGUCCCACCCACCCAGAGGUGUCCACUCCAGUGCCUGCAAACAAGGAGCCACCGGCAGCAGCAGAGCAGCCUGUGACACAGGUCACGCCCCCUGUGGCCGCACCUGCAGCAGCUGUUGAAAGUGUUGAUCUGGGUAAAAUUGGCUCCAUCCUCAACAGUUUAAGCUCAGUCAUAAAGAACACAGGACCUUUGGUGGAGAGUCCUCCUGCAGCUGCUCCUGCUGCCACUCCUGCUUCCACACCUGUGAUCUCUGUGGCCUCUCAGGAUGCCAGUUCCCUGGUAAACCUCCUUUCCAAGGUGGACGUGAUUCCUUCAGAUCUCCUUGGUGCUCUGUCCAAAGUCCAGGGCCAGAGCAGCUUUGGGGGCGUCUCCUCGACUCUGAGCAGCCCAGCUGCAAAUGUCUCCUCAGCAUCCUCCAGUACAGGCAAGAUUCCUCCUUCAUCCACAGCUGCAUUAGCAGCACCCUCUCAGAGCCCGUCUCUCUCCUCUGUUGCACCCGUGCUUUCUACACCCAACUCUUCUGUAAAACAGAGCACAAUCUCCCAAGUCCCCCCCCAGACUUCUAACCGAGCCUCAGCCCUGGUCCAGGCUCUCCAUAGAGACAUGGAUUUGACAACAGAGCCGGAGCCGUCCAAGUCCUCUAAGAGUUUAGAGUCUAAAAUCCACCGCUUCCUGCGAGGGAACUCUGCUUUUAAUGCAUUUGACUUGGGUUUUCCUGCAAACCCAGCAGGAAGUGAAAAUGUCAGCCCAGUAACUGGCACAGACACCCAGGGUGGGACUCCAGUGAGGGACGAAGGAGGAGGCACCCCGACUCAAGAUGAGAUCAUGGACAAGCCUGUGGUUCCUUUCAAUUCCAACUCAAAUCAGUUGUCUGUGGGAGAAACAGUUGAAACGGCUCCUAUCGUGGGCCAGAACAGAACUCAGAAGAACCUCAGCAGCUCCCAACAACUGGCUCACUUUCAGCCGGGCGUGGCUCAGAACGGGCAGGUGUACCAGCCGCCUCCUAGUGGCAAACAGGAGAUGUCAGAUCAUGGGAUUACUGCAUCUGUAGCACAUUUCCAGCAGUUUUCUACACAAACAGGAGAGAGAGCCCCAGGCAGCACCAGUGGCUCACAGGCAGUCGAAGGCUUUCAGGGGAUGAACGACAGGGGCUGGUACAGUGACAUUUUCCCAGAGGGGAGCUCUCAGCAACCCAGAGGGUACAGCGUAACAGUGCCUGGGGGGCCUGGAGAAAAUAAGACAUCAGGACUUUAUCAGUACCAAACAGAGCAAACCGGGGAACCUCGAGAUUUAGCUUCCCUGCAGGGAGCCAACCUGCCCCCUGGUUUCUUCAGAGGCAACCUCCCUCCUGUCCCACAGUUACCUCCACCUCCUCACACCUUUGACGGCCCCCCUCCUGUGACCAGCAGUCCGAUGAUUCCCCCUGAUCAUCAGGCGAUGAACCGCCAUGUGGAAGUACCUGGGGCCAGACCGGACAGUGCCAUCAGUGGGAUGGUGGUGCACGACCAUCAGCACAAGUCCAUGUUCCAUUCAGACGAGCCACUGUCGAAGCUGGACCACCAUCGUCACCCUGAAGAUUUACACCACCACCGAGACAGCUUGCGUUAUCAGGAGGACCAGGAGUGGUACCACGAUGAGCCCCACCGUCAAGAUUUCAAUCGCUUUCAGGAUGACACGUUCCACCACCCAGAUGAUCCGUACCACAGGCCAGGCAGUCCUCCACACCACUACCCCAGAGGUCGAGGCAUCAAUCCCCCACUCUCCCCCUCAGAAGACCCUUACUUUAGCCACGACUACCAGCGGCACAGCCCCCCUCCUCCUCCCCACUACACUCCAAGAAGGCCACCGCCGCCUCAUCUUGGUCUACGACAUCCACAUCGGCCUCCCCACCCUGCACACCACCCACACCCCAGGGGACCCCCACGUGCGCCCUUUCCUCGGUUCCACGGCCCCAAUCCAAGGUUAAGAGGCAAACGUCCAGGUCCAAGAGGAGGAGGGGGAAAUCCUGGUCCAAUGUUUCCACCAAAAAGACCCUUUCCACCUCCUCGGUACUGACUGGAGACUUUGUUCUGAGCUCUCGAAAUCACUGUGGAUGUCAUGAAGGUGGGGGCAAGACUUUAAAGAUUGUUCAGUAACUUACAAGUCAAAAUCUGAAACAGAGAAUGUCGCAGAUACUGAGGUGGGAGUCA